AUGGCUGCUCCCUUAAUUGCUUUUGCUCUUCUUAUUCUCCCUCAAGCCGUUUUCUCCUAUCGCUAUGAUAUUGAAGAAAAUAAAGCAUCUGCUCCCUCUUGCCCUUCAUAUGCAUGCAAAAAAUCUUCUCAAACCUUUGAGCAAAGCCAAUGCGCUUAUUAUGAUGAAUCAGAUUACACAUAUUAUGUAAAUCCUUGUGCUCAAUCCACAGAGUCAUGCAUGUUGAAAGGUGAAAAUCCAGGAAACCACACCUGCCAAACUGCUCAGACAAAGCUAAGCUGGCCUGGAGAAAAAUGUACUCAAACUGGAGACUGCAAUCCUAUUUAUUCAACCGCAUGCACAAAUGGAAUCUGCGUAGGACUUUCAUCAGGCGUAGCAUGCACUGAUAGCAAUUAUUGCAACCCAGGAUUGUCUUGUCAGGGAACUCCAGGAUCUAUGAAAUGUGCCCCUUUAAUUCAGGCCGGAAGCAAAGGCUGCCGAGCUGAUUUUGAUUGUGUGCCUUAUGCUGGCUGCAAUAUUACUUCAACUACUGAUUCUUCCGAGAACGCUUGUGUUCAAUACUGGUCAAUAAAAAAUGAUGAAUUUGUUGCUAUAUGUGGGGAGCAUCAAAGCAAUCUUUGCAAAUAUAAUCUUUGCCGUGAGAGAGAUGGAGGUUUUAAAUGCUAUGAAAAGUUUGAAAAUACCCAUAUAAUUCCAUGGCCGUGUGAUCUGAAUGCUAAAGCUACAGACUGUAACUUUACUCAUCAUGAGUUUAAUUUUUUGCCUGACUGUGUAUGUGGACUGAAUCCUACUGGAGCUGCUUAUUGCAGCUUGAUCCCUGGAGAUGGGCCUGUAAUAGAAUAUGAAGCAGCUCUCAAAUCUUGGCUUUUCAGUACUUCAAGUAGCCAAUGUAACACAUUAAGAAGAUUUGAGUCCCAGUGCAUUUUAGACUUUUGGGGCAAUACAAAAGGUAUUUAUGCAUUAAUGUAUUGGUAUUUAUAUAUGAGUUAUUAUCCACAAAUUCAGGAUACUCAAGACUGUGUGCUUAAAACAUUCUAUCCAAGCUAUGUUUCCUACAAAGAACUAUAUAAAAAAUAUGAUGACCAAGAUGACGGAGCAGCAAUGCUUGAACUCGUCUUUUUCACUUACAUUCUAGCUAUCUUUAAUUAA